CGACGAUCUCUGUCCGUCUCUCAGUAAACUCUGCUGGGCACCGCUGCGCGUCAAAACAUUGCGUCUCUGCAGGACUUGCCAGGGCCGGAGAGCGGAGGAAAUUUGCCUGGGGAAGGAAUGCGAAAGAGCUUUUAGGAUUGGCACCGCCACCGCGGGAAAAGAGGAAUUGCGACAUUUUUUUUUUCUUUCGGCGACGUGGAGAGACGUGUUUUUACUCCUCUCAAAGGUGUUUACCUCCCAACCCACCGCCCACCACGGCCCUCACCUGUGUGUUGCGGUGCUUCCCCUGUGAGCCGACCUGGGCCGGCAGUCCGUUUUUGCACCGCCCGCCAACACCGCCCAUGGUCAGGAUGACGCGCUCCAAGACGUUCCAGGCGUACCUGCCGAGCUGCCACCGGACGUACAGCUGCAUUCACUGCCGAGCUCACCUGGCCAACCAUGACGAGCUCAUCUCCAAGUCGUUCCAGGGCAGCCAGGGCAGAGCUUACCUGUUCAACUCAGUGGUCAACGUUGGGUGUGGCCCUGCAGAGGAGAGAGUUCUGCUGACAGGCCUGCAUGCUGUGGCGGAUAUCUACUGUGAGAACUGCAAGACCACUCUGGGCUGGAAAUAUGAACAUGCUUUCGAGAGCAGUCAGAAGUAUAAAGAGGGCAAGUUCAUCAUCGAGUUGGCCCACAUGAUCAAGGACAAUGGCUGGGACUGAGGGGCGAGCAGCUGAGUGACAACCACGCUGGAUGGGAGGGAGGCAGGGGGUCGUGGGGGUGAUUGUGUGCGGUGGGUGAGUGUGUGACUUUGGUUUGGCUGAUUUACCAUUAACCUCUGUAACUUACUGCCCAUCCACACACCUCUUGAUGUACACACACACGUCACGUGCGGUAACACACACCGAGGUCCCAGACAUCCCCUGUUUGAUGGGAGGACAGACUAACAGGACUAGGUGACUGGCCAGCAAUAGACAAGAUGUUACGUUUUGGUUUUAGUUUUAUAAAACACAAGCUCUGAAAAGCAGCUCCGCGAAACGUUCCCUCUGCUGUGUUGUACCUUGUCUAAAAAUAGCGACUGCAAGGGGUCCAGUGGGAUCAGACCGGCAGCUUGCUUUGGUUCUGGUUGAAGAGCUGAUCACUGGGUCCGCAACAUGAAUGAGACCUAAGAUGAUUAUAGGAGACUCAACUGAUUGGGGCUGUGCCAUCUGGGCCUGAUGAGGUCUGACCCCGAAUGGGCCUGAACACACGGGCUUUUAAAGGGUUCUGUGUGCAGAGAUUACCACCCACUUGGCUGCUCCUUCAAAAAAAAAAAAACGGUGGAAAAUCUAGAUCUAGAUCUGGGUCUUGCUGCUUUCAUGGCUUCUGACUGGGAUCCCUUCAAUGCCUCGCCACUGAUGCAGUCCGGGACAAAACAAGAAGGUAAACGAAUGCAGAUGGACCUGCUAUGUGUCCUCGAAGCAGACAAAGCUGCUCCUCUUGGUUUUGUUCUCGCUUUAAAACAAAAAACCCUUUGUGGAGUAAAGAGAUCUACUGAUCCUUCCACAUUUGAGGUCUUGCAUCUGCAGAUGCAGCAAUGCGUCCACUGUUGUCGUUGGGUCAGAUAGAGUUACGUACUGGGACAGCAAAUCCGUCUGGGAGUCCCAAAGUCUUGUGAACACUGUGAGCAUCUCUCUACCAUUGUAGGGAAAAGAGCAAAGGUGUUGCAGCUCUGCAGGGUUUGUAGUAAUCUGUAAUUGACAUGCCCCCCUGCUAUCAUGCAAACGAUGAGUAAAGUCACUAGUGCAUGACUAAUGUAAAAUGAAAAGUAUUGACUUUCAUUGCAAUGAUACAUGACCACAAAGGCAUUCAGAUCUCUGAGUAGAAACUACCGAUGUUAGGUUUUCUUUCUGUCUGGGAUCAGUGCCGUGAAACUGCUGUUACUCUGAUCUGUUGUCCUUACAAAAACACUGGGCAACAUAAAUGCGCAAUGUACUUGACUCACUCAUACAGUGGCCCUCAAACGAUCACACACUCCUCCUAAAAUGUCAGGUUUUUGUGAUGAAAAACAAAUUGCAAAAAUAUCUAGAAAUGCUUGCAGCUUCAAUCUUAAACACACACAGAACAAUUCAACUGGAAAACAAGCAAAUGGGUCAGGAAAACACAUAACAAUGCAAGGUUUUUAAAGUGUGAUCUCUUUGAAAACCUGCCUCUUAGCUGUAUUUAUCUGGUUCUCAGUGGGUUUUGGAGAAAUAUUCAGUCUUCCGUGCCACGACAAACAUAUUUAAUAGUCUGGAUUAUUUUGCCCCCUUUUUCUGACCCUUAAGAUCCGUUUGAUGCUUUCAACAUUUCUGCAAACAUAACUUCAUAAAUAGAUAUCGGGAAAAUGCAGCUUUGUUUUUCAGUUGAAUUGAAGAUGCUGCAUGCUAAAAUAAAUGUGGAGCAAGUUUUAUGAUCAUUUAUUUUGAACAGAUUUAUUUUUUUCAAUCCUAAAUCCCCAGCAAUUUGGUAGGAGUGUGUGCUACUUUCUCACAUCCACUGUAUUUCUUUCCUGCUAUUCACAUGUCUAUUGAUCAACUUUACUGGAUUACAUUUGAGCUCCCAUCUCUGGGUACAUAAUUUCUAACUAUUCUUUGCUGAGGCCAGGAUCCUACUGAAUCUGCUGCGUACAUAUUGUUUUCUGACGGGGAAGGAGAUUAUUCAUGACAGCCGGCUCCGUUCGAUGCAAAUGCAACGUCACCACAUGCACGAUAUAAAACUGACUAGUUUUGUGUCCUCGUCACAUUUCUUGUGAAGAGAACAUCGUGUGUUGCAGUGAAAUCCUGCACUGUGAUACAAAAUCUGAUCAGUUUCAUUUCGUCCGUUUGAGCCGUGAAGUCGAGUCGCAGCAGAUGAGAUCUGAUCCUGGUUUGGAAACGUAAAGAGACGAGUCCCUCUGUCUGUCACGAACACGAGAGUCCUGUAGACAUCGCUCCAGAUGUCGCCCUUUUAAGAGUGAGCGCUCUCUGGCUCCAGCUCAACCCAAACUGUUGACUCUGAUCAGUGACUCGCAGCAGCUGGGGGUCAAGCUGGAGACUGCGACUGUAAAUCCAGCACAACCAAAGAACCCACCCAUCAACAGUAAAUUGACCAAACAAAAGAUUUAAUUUUGCUUGGACAACAUGUUGCAAAACAGGAGGGUGUGUACUUAGUGGAAAGCCAAGUUUUGUGGACAGCCUUUCUCUGUUAUAUAUGUACUGCAUUUUGAUUUUGUAAAAAGAUCUUAAUAUAUGCACAUAUUCUAUUUACUGUUCAUCAUGAAGAUUUCUGUUUAUGUCCACCUCUGUGUUACGGAUUGUAAAUAGUGUUAAUGUAUCGUGUUUUAUCUAUGAUCCAUAAGAUGAUGAAUGAAUAUGAUUUAGGUCACGUCAUGCUUUCUCUCGACUGGUACCCCACAUUGGCUGUAUGAUACUACUUUUCUACUGAAAACGUUUCGAUUUUAAUGUCUUUUGUAAAAGGAGGAUGCUGAUGUUGACUAUAUCAUUGGAUCUUCAUCUAAUAAAAGGCACCUUAAUAUCUGUA